GUGAGGCACCAUUAAAACCAAGCAUGGCUAAAGUCAUGAGGGUGGCCUUGUUACUAGUACUCUGCGCCUCUGCAGUGUGGUGCAGUGAUUACGAUGAAGAAGAUGGGGAUGAAGAACCAAAAGCAAAGGUGGUUGAGGUCAAUAAAACAUUAGCUGAUGCGAGAGGACAUAGGCCACUUAAUCCCGGACAAAAGCUAGCUCCCACCAGGCGCCCUCCUUCACUACCAGCCAGUGGAGGAUACUAUCAGUUACGUCCAACCAAGCCACCAGCCAGAGGGCAGAAGAAGGAAGCCGUAGUCUAUCCCGAUGAAGGAGGCUGUAAACAUGCGUAUGAACAGACGGGAGUAUUAUGUCCUAAUGGCUGUGAAUUGCGCACUGCACUUCUGAAACAAGAGAAGAACGUUAAAGACUCCCUAACUAAAAUUGACCCCAGAGUGAAAGCCCUGUCACAGUCCACUGUAAACAUAUACAAGUAUGCCACUGUUCUUGGAGACAAGGUCAAAGAGAGACAACAACUGAAUGAUGAUAACCAAAAUGUUAUAAAUGAAUACGGUGAAGAUCUGCAGGAGGAGUACACUUUCAUCAAGGAAAAUCUGGACAACAAUGUGCCAUCCAGCAUACGCAUCCUCCGCCAAGUAUUGGAAAACCUGCGAUCCAAAAUUCAGAAGCUGGAAAGCACAAUUUCACAACAGUCGGAGAACUGCAGAUCUCCAUGUGUUACAUCUUGCAAUAUUCCGGUGGUCUCAGGCAAAGAGUGCGAAGAAAUCUACAGGAAAGGUGGAGAGACAUCAGAAAUGUAUCUUAUUCAACCAGAUGGAUUUUUCAGACCAUACAAAGUGUACUGUGACAUGACCACACAAGAUGGAGGUUGGACACUGAUCCAGAACAGACAGGAUGGCAGUGUUGGAUUUGGUAGAACCUGGGAUGCCUACAAAAAUGGAUUUGGUAAUAUCGCUCGUGAUGGAGGAAAGAAAAUCUGCGACAUGCCAGGUGAAUUCUGGCUGGGUAAUGAAAAGAUUAGCCAACUUACCAACCUGGCACCCUCAGAAACCUUAAUUGAAAUGGAAGACUGGAGCGGCAGUAAAGUGUCAGCACAUUACUCUGGGUUCCUUGUACAGAGUGAGGCAAAUAGAUACCAGAUAUCUGUCAGUGGCUACAAGGGAAAUGCUGGCAACGCUCUCUUAGAAGGGGCACCACAACUGAAAGGAGAGAACAGAACGAUGACAAUACACAAUGCCAUGUUCUUCAGUACAUAUGACAGAGACAACGAUGGCUGGAUACAUGCAGAUCCAAACAAACAGUGUUCCAAAGAAGAUGGUGGUGGCUGGUGGUACAAUAGAUGCCACUCGGCUAAUCCUAAUGGCAGAUAUUACUGGGGUGGUAUUUACUCACCAGAUAUGACAAAACACGGCACAGAUGAUGGUGUCGUAUGGAUGAAUUGGAAAGAUUCCUGGUACUGCAUGAAGAAGAUGAGCAUAAAGAUCCGACCAAGGUUCAGCAAUUAAAAAAUGCUGAGAGAGACAAACAUCACAUUUUACUUCAGAAGAACUAUGACAGCCAUUAGCCUAUAAGAUACCGAACACUUCAAGCAUGCGCAAUGUUCAAUGCUUUAGUGAAUCUAUGAUCUUAAGAGAGGAGAAAAUAUGCUGUGCUCAGAGUUGCCAGCCUUGAAAAUAUGUUUUUACUAACAACUUUACAAAAAUGUUUUACUGACAUCUAGCAUUUUACUGACAUUCAUAUGCUAGUUUAAAAAUAUGUCCAAAAGUUCAACUGAAAGAGCAAGCAGCUGCUAUGAUUAAAGGGUAUUUUGUACACAAUAACUUCACAAUAUCAAAACAAUUUGUCAGACACUUCCAUGUGUACUAAUGGGUAAAUUUUUGGCUUUUUACUGACUAUCAACUCUGGCUACUCUAAAGCUGGGUACAUACUAGAUGACCAUCAAUUUUGCAGAUGGUAAGGACAAUUUUACCCUUGCCCCGAACCAGGCAAGAUCCCUUGUUCCGUCCUUCAUUACACUGCAUGGCAUCGCUAACGAUAUCUUCAUAUUCACCUGAAUGUAGGCCAAUCUGAAGAUGCGAUGAACAACCUGUGGGAGCGCACACUGGUGCGUACACACUGGACGAUUUGUUGUUCCGAUCCGUCGAAAGUCGACAAAUCAUCCAAAAUAUCUCUAGUGUCUACCCAGCUUAAGAGCCUUAAACAACUGGCUGUGACUCCGAUGAUCAUUAGAUCUUAUAAAACAUGUUUGCUAUGGCAAUGCCAAUGAAGAUCUGUAUAAUAAUAAAGUCACUGAAGUAUUGUUAUGAA